GGCUGGUGAGAGAAUCAAACAGCGACGCUGCGCCGCGGCGGGGUCCGGGGGCAGGAGCCGCAGCCGGAGCCCGCGCAGGGCAGGAGGCGUCCCGGGCACGACCCCCUACAGCCGGCCAGGGCUGCGCGCGGGUAACGGCCGGACGCUCCCAGGUGCCGCGCGGGGAGGAUAUGCAGGUUUGCAGCAUGGAGGAACUCUAAUUGAAAGAAAUAUUGAGACAAGGCCUCUUUCAACAUGGAGACUGUUUUAUUUGAAGGGGAACCCGACAGAACUUCGAAUCAUGGUGAGAUCAAAGACUCUCAUGGACCAUCAACAUCCCAACAGCUGAGCAGAAGCAAGUGUGAGGAAAUGGAAAAAGCUGUGGUAACAAACAGUGAUGAAUCACACCUUCUGACUCCAGGAAAGAUGAGCCAGCGCCAGGGGAAAGAAGCACAUCUCACUCCAACCAAAGAUCUACUCCAGCCGACGCUCAGUCCAGGAACAGUCCACAGCCAUGGUUUUGAUAGAGGGAAAGAUGAUGUGUCACAAAGUAAAGAAGAUUCAGCACAUUCAAUGUCAAAAAGCAAGUCUGAAUCCAAGCUUUACAAUGGCUCUGAUAAGGACAUCUCCUCUACUUCAAGCAAGCUCACAAAAAAGGAGUCUCUUAAGGUUCAAAAGAAAAAUUACAGAGAAGAGAAGAAGAGAGCGACAAAAGAAUUGCUUAGCACAAUCACAGACCCAUCAGUUAUUGUUAUGGCUGACUGGCUGAAGAUUCGUGGUACAUUGAAAAGCUGGACCAAACUGUGGUGUGUGCUGAAACCAGGAGUAUUGCUCAUUUACAAAACCCCCAAAAAUGGCCAGUGGGUGGGAACAGUGCUCCUGAAUGCUUGUGAACUCAUUGAGCGGCCUUCCAAAAAAGAUGGCUUUUGUUUCAAACUUUUCCAUCCCUUGGAGCAGUCCAUCUGGGCUGUUAAGGGUCCUAAAGGUGAAGCUGUUGGUUCUAUAACUCAGCCAUUACCCGGCAGUUAUUUGAUCAUCCGAGCAGCUUCAGAAUCAGAUGGCAGGUGUUGGAUGGAUGCUUUGGAACUGGCUUUGAAAUGUUCUGGUCUCCUUAAACGUACGAUGAUUAGAGAAGGUAAAGAGCAUGACUUGAACUCUUCAGCAGAGAGCACACAUGUUUCUCUCUAUGGCUUAUUGCGUGCUAACAACUUACACAGUGCAGAAAGCUUUCCAUUAAAUGAUAGUGAAAUUGAAAGGCAUCACUUUAAAGAUCAAGAUGUGUACUCUGACAAAUCUGAUAAGGAAAAUGAUCACGAUCAUGAUGAGUCUGAUAAUGAUGGCCUGGGGAAAAGUGAAGAAAGUGACACUGACACAUCAGAACGACAGGAUGACUCUUACAUUGAUCCAGAACCUGUUGAUCUUAUCAGGGAAACUACCUAUAUGGAACAGAUUCAUGAAGAACUUGGAGAGGCAGGGGAAGCUUGUCAAACAGAAACUGUGUCAGAGGAGAACAAAAGCCUGAUCUGGAUGCUGUUGAAACAAGUCCGUCCAGGAAUGGACCUCUCCAAGGUUGUACUGCCUACGUUUAUCUUGGAACCUCGUUCUUUCUUGGACAAACUCUCUGAUUACUACUAUCAUGCAGACUUCUUGUCUGAGGCUGCUCUUGAAGAGAAUGCUUACAAUCGUAUGAAGAAGGUAGUGAAAUGGUAUUUGUCAGGAUUCUACAAAAAGCCAAAGGGACUAAAGAAACCAUACAAUCCUAUACUUGGUGAGACUUUCCGCUGCAUGUGGAUUCAUCCCAGGACAAACAGCAAGACUUUCUAUAUUGCUGAACAGGUGUCUCAUCACCCUCCGGUAUCUGCCUUCUAUGUUAGCAACCGAAAGGAUGGGUUUUGCCUUAGUGGUAGUAUCCUGGCCAAAUCCAAGUUCUAUGGGAAUUCAUUAUCUGCCAUAUUGGAUGGAGACGGUCGACUAAUGUUCCUGAAUAGGGGAGAAGAUUAUGUAAUGACCAUGCCAUAUGCACAUUGUAAAGGAAUUCUUUAUGGCACAAUGACUUUAGAGCUUGGGGGAACUGUCAACAUUGCAUGUGAGAAAACUGGAUACAGUGCAACAAUUGAGUUCAAACUAAAGCCAUUUUUGGGCAACAAUGACAGUGUUAAUCAAAUAUCAGGAAAAAUUAAACUGGGCAAAGAAGUUCUGGCUACUUUGGAGGGCCACUGGGACAGUGAAAUUAUUAUUAGUGACAAAAAGACAGAUGUUUCAGAGACCUUCUGGAAUCCAACAUCUGAGAUCAGGCAGCGCAGAUUAACAAGAUACAUAGUGAAAUUUGACGAGCAAGAUGACUUUGAGUCAGAGAAACUUUGGCAACAGGUGACUCGAGCUAUAACCAACAAAGAUCAGACAGAAGCUACUAAUGAGAAAUGUGUUCUGGAGGAUGCUCAGAGAAAGGCUGCCAAAGAAAGGAAACUGAAGGGCGAAGAGUGGACCUGCAAACUGUUUGAACAGGAUUCAGUCACAGGGGAAUGGCACUACAAAUAUGCAGAAACCAGACCAUGGGAUCCACUGAAUGAUAUGAUACAGUUUGAAAAAGAUGGUGCCAUCCAAACAAAAGUCAGGCAUCGGACACCAAUGGUUAGUGUUCCAAAAAUAAAACGAAAGCCAACCAGUCAGUCGAAGAAAGGAGAGUGUGGAUUCUCUUCCCCAGAACCUGAUAACCAGGACUCCUCUGGAAGUGAAGCACAACUACUAAAGCAUAAUACAAGAAUCAGAAAGAAGGGGGCAGACCUUGGUGAACUACAAAGUGCCAUUGAAUCUAUAAAAGAAACCCAAGAAGACAUUAAGAGGGAUAUUAUGGCUCUACGGAACCGUGUUACUUCAAAUUCACCUCCACUGGAAAACAAUUUCUUGCAGCUUAAGCAUUAUGUCUUUAUUUUUCUCAUGGUUCUGGUGCAACUUAUCAUCAAUUUCGUGUUCAAAUAGAAGGUCUGAACAAAAGACUUUUUGAACUGGAAUACUUACUGGGACCAUAUUUUAAGUUGGUUUGGACUUUAAAUGAUGCAAUAUUAUCUACAAGAGCCCCUGUAGUUAAACUUAAAGAACUUCACCUCAAAUCUUUAUGCGUACAUGGAUCAAGAUCUGUCGUAUUCCUGCCUAGCCAGUUGAAGUGGGAAAUGUGUAAGUGCCAGUACUCUCUUGCUCUUUGUGUAUGCCUCACACAAGCACAACAAUAGCCUUCUAUCUAUAAUAUCUCAUAGGCUGUACUAACAAAUUUUAGUACAGAAAAUGUCAAACUCAACAUUCAGAAAUCUGUUCCUCUCUCAGUGGGGACAUGUAAUGUCUAUUGAUGAAGAUAAAUUGAGAAAAGAACAAACAAACUUAAAUUAACAAUUUUGUAACAAAAUAACUUCUGAAGUAACCAGCGUUACUAUUUUAUUGAAAGUACUGUAUGGUGAAAUGCAUUUCAGAUCAAACACAAAAAAUACGUUAGUAAGCACCAUAAGUAAUAAGAAUUGGCUCAACGCAGAGUUGAAGACUUUACCUGAAAUCUGUGUGUGUUUAGUGCUCUAAUUUGGGAGGUUUUUCUAAAUAUAUGGCAGUAUUUUAAUUCUAGAUUAUGGUGGUGAUAUACAAACCACUAGAUUUUCAUGGUUGGCCACUUCAAACCUUUUAUUAAAAACAUUGGCUUACGUUGUGCAUAGAAUGAAUUGUACAACUGUAUAGUACCCAUAACGGCUACUAUGUUAAUGGUCCACCAACAUUUCCAUUCAUAAUGUGUCAGGGAUUUAUAACUAUGUAGUUAAUUUUUUCUCAGCUUACUAAACUUGAAUUAAAUUCUGUGGGCACUUCAAAUAAGUUGAAGAUAAAGACUACUGUUAUCAAAUGGUUUAUUUGAUGUUUCUGUAACUCAGAAAAAAAUAUUAACAUGCACAGCUGUGUAAAGUGUGAAUGGCUUGAUGUUAGUUCUAAACUGCCUUUAAUUUUGGAACUUAAGAGUUCAGUCCUGCUAUUAGAUUGCCACUGCUAAUUUUAUAAAAUACACAGCAACAAACCUUAGCUGUUUAAGAGCAAGAUGAAGCCCUAAAUCUUCAUUAAAUUCCUCCUUAUUGCAGUAUAUACACACCAUGGAACUCAUCCCGAUAUUCCACAAUUGGACAAACUAAUAAUGUAGAAGUUGGACUUGGAUUUUAAUGUGACUUUUUAUUCUAACAUGGUUUUGGUCUGAAUUGGUAUGUUUCCAAACAACUAAUUUUUUAAAGUAAAAUUAAGUUUAGAUACCAGCAUUUACAGGGUGAGAUCUCCCUUCCUCCUCCCCCCAUUUUGACCCAUCUACACGAGUUAAAAGGGGCUCUAGAAUCUCAAGUUCUAGAUGGGGAGACCUUCACUGGUGUAGAUGCUGUGGAAGACAGCCAUAAGGCUGUUUUCCAAGAAGCCCCUCUCAAGUCUUGGCAUGUAGGGGGCAGGGCCACAGCACUGCAGAGAUUCUGGGCAGUGCGGUGGCUGAUGCAGCAGCCUUUCAGGAAUGCCCUAACUUAAACAGGCCCCCAGGGCUCUCUAGGUUACACCAUGGGCCUCUCCAGCCCCUAGAAUAACCCAUGACUGGCAGGAUGCAAUGGUGUUUUAAAGCCACCUUCCCUUGGGCUGAGAGUCCUGUGCUCUACCAGUCUCAUGCAGUGUUAAUGCAAGUAAAAUUUAGUUAUAUUUGUGCUUUGUCUAACCAACUUUUAUCUUCCUGUGUCCCUAACAUACAGUUUUCCCCACUCCUUUAUUGCCCCCACACAUGAGACAAAUUUUACUCUUUAAGCAUCCUGCUUAAAUUUGGUAAUUCCCCAUCCCCUUUGUCAUAAUGUAGUUUUGUCUUGAACCAUUCUCUACAGCACUGUUCUUUUAACAUGACUAUAAUAUACACUGGUGUUGUGUACACAGGCACAACCAAAUUCUUGUAACUUGGUUGGAACAGUGUCAUGUUAUGCCUUGUGAUUACAUUUUUAAAAUAUAGAAAGAGCUUUACUGUAAAGAGGAGAGAGUUCAACACAAUAAGUUCCUAAUAGAAACUAAAGGUGGCAGCCAUAUAUAAAAGGUUAACAGUCAUAACAUAAAGGGUGGGUUAAAAGAUGAAAACAGAAUGUUGUAAUACUGAUUUGACACUGCCAGCAUUCGAGAGAUUGUCAUUACACCACUCACAUAGAGAGAUCUCUUAUGCAGAUCUGUUCCAAGACCUGUAAUGUAGUUGGUAUACUCAUAUAAUUUGUGCUAUACAUGACAGGGACACAUAAUACAUAGGCAAAUGUGAGAGCUAACUAGCACUACACCAAGAAUUUGGGCAGUAAUAUUAGAUCCCUGAGAUAUUCCUACAGUUUUUGUGUGUUGAACCUCAUAUUUGGUAAUAACUUAUCUAAAUUUAAAAUGAAUGUUUGUUAAAAAUGUCCAUCUUGCUCAGUAUUUAUGGGUUUUACUGUUUUUUUCAAGGGCAGUUAAGGAGAAGCCCUUUACGGAUAUAUUUUUAAACUGACUUUAAUUUAGUAUUGAUUUGCAAGCAUAUCUAGAACUGCAUAUUUAUACUCACGCUGCCAUUGUAUAGGUCAAAAUAUUGUAAUCGCUAGCUGACGGUGUUUUGGCCCACAUCAGAAUACUUAUGUGCACACCAUAUAUUCCAUAUUUGAGAUCCUGCCCACUUCAACUCUUGUGUUUUGCAUAUGCAUAUACUUGAAUAAGAUGGAGCUAGACAAAAUGCCCUUACUUACAUACAAGAUUAUUUUUUCUCCUCUCUCAAUAUGUUUUUAGAGCCUGACUAUCUAAGAUAUAAGAGCUGUUGGUUUAAUUCCUGUCCCAAGAGGCAAGAGUACUUCAUGAAAUCUUUUAAUGAAAAAGUAAAGCAACAGGUCUGCUCUUAGGUGUAUUUAUUACUCAUAUUCUAAAAAGCACAUGCACUGAAAGCCUGAUAAUUCCUAUUUUGCUCUUCUUUGUAUGUAAUUCCCUAAUGUGAGCAGAAAAAGGAAUUUGCCUGAUUUUUAGGGUAAGGUUGAUUACAGGCCUGGUUUGUAAAGCCUUUUCUUAAUACAUAAUUAACUUAAUAUUUAGCCACGAUGUGUAGUUGAUCUUGAAAUAUUCUUUACUAAAGAUUAUCAGUUUUCUGCACAUAGUCAUAAAAACUCUGCUUGUACAGUUUGCAGAUAUCUGAAGGCAGUAGCCUCCUGCUAGUUUUUAAUAUUUAAAACAGAGCACUUGUUUUCUCACUUGAUUAGAUUCUUUAUUCUUUUUUCUUGUACAGGAAUUAGGAAAUAUUCUGAACUGAUGGUUGUUGCCAUGUGUUUUUUGAUUGUUUUUUAAAAUGCACUCUAAGCCUUUAAUUUGCCACUUAACUACUGUAGUUAGGUAUAAUUGACCUACAAAGAAAGUAAGCGUCAUGUGAAGAGCAUAGUUCCAGCAAUAGAUAAUGUUUCUUGUAUUUCAUAUGUUGGUUAUUUUUAAAAUAGUUUGCAUUAUUUAUAAGGGUACAGCAUGUCUUCUUUUUUUUUUUCCUCCAGAUUAAAUCCUGAAAACUUCAUUUUAUUGUUGUCUUGUAAGAUGUUUCAUGGAUUUUACAGUUCAAUGCCCUUCUGUGCCUUUGGGAAAUCCUUGUCAGUUUAAUGUUAAUGAAACAAAAUUUGGAUUCAGUAUAUUUGUCUAGCAUAACUUGGUGGUAGUUUUUCUUAAAGGCCAUUAUUACAUCACCUAGUUUUCUUUUUGUAAACAAGAAUGCUGUACUCUUAUGAAAGUUUGACUAAUUUAUUGUAUUUCAAAUAUAUCCUGAACUCUUUGGACAUCAUUGAAAAUAGUCAGAUAUUUCUGAGUAUUAUAAACAGUGCCUUCUUGAUGGAUUUCACACUGUUUUGAGGUGUAUAAAGAAAACUUGUCAAAUUUGUGCCAUACAUACAACUGACCUUUUGUGGGGGCUGUGUUUUUGAAGACUACCUUUCUCCCUUCAUCAGAUUUUUGAAAUCACUAUAUAAAAAUCUAUCCUUCCACUUCUAUUUCAGUUUUCUAGAAUUUCUAGCUAGUGAGCAGUGUGUCUGGUCUUUGCUUUUUUGGUCUUCUGUACAAUGAAGCUGCAGUGCUUUGUUUGUGAUAUUACAGAAAUAGCCAUAAUAAAAGUUUAACAUCACAGACAGAUUAUUUUGGCUUCCCUUUGUAAUUUACUAAAUUUGAUCAAGAAAUUAACUGAUACAGAGGAAAAAAUUGGGGGGUGGAGAGAUUUUCAAGGGCACAAAGGGCAACAAGGCACCCAACUCCCAUUCAUGUGUCUUGAAAAUCUUCCCCUUAAGCAUGUAUAUCUUUUUAAUUAUCUAGCCAUUUUGUACAAACUACAAACCAAAGGUAUAUUUAACUGCAUGGGGAAAGUGCUCUUUAAAAUACAUAGCUUGCCACUAUUAUCUAAUUCUUCAUUUUUUCUCUAGUUUCAGAACUUCAGGUAACUCAGACUAGCACAUUUUUAUUCACUUUUUAUUAUGUUACAUAUUGUUUGAAUUUUUGUACUGUUACAUUUUUUUAGAAAAUUGAAAAUGGACUGUUAUACAAAAGCUGUAUAGGACCAGUGUUUCAUUAAUCCAAUUCACAGAAUAUGGAAAGAGCCAGAUCCCAUGACAAAAAUGAAUGUGAAUGUAUGUACUAAAAUAUUUAUAUAGGGGAAAAAUCCUUUAUUCCUGUAUGUUUUGUUUCUGCAUAUAUCAUGUUAAAAUUGCUUUAGUAUAGUAUUGCAAAGGUUAUUUAAAAAAACAUGCUCCAUGUAGUGUGAUAAGAACUACUAUGAAUUCUUUAGAAAGAUCAACAAAUUGUGACCAUAUUGCAUGCUUAAAUGUACAUCUGAGUUCAACAUUUUGUUAAAUGGCCAUUUGUAAAUUAAAGCACUACCACUGGUCAAUAGUUUUGUAUGACUAAUGAAUAGAAUAAAGAGAUGUCACCAACAGCAUAAGCACA